AUGGCGAUCCCAAUCAUCAAGGAGUCUGGUAGGUAUCAGCUCUACGAAGCCAUCGCAAUGCCUGUGGUUCACCCGAAGUUCCCGGAGAAGCUCUUCUUUUCCUACCGAUUUGACUCCCCUUAUUUGGCCAUUCAGAAAUCAGGAUCCGAUUUUUUCACGACACAGCCCGGCAGUCCAGGCAACUUCUUCACCAUGACAAAUCGUCGCGAGGCACAGUGUAAAGGGAAAAGCCCUAGGGUUUGUGCGCUCAAGGAAGCAGUACAGUCGCCUCGAUCUCAAGAAAGCCGUUGUUUGUAUGAUCUGUUUUCAGACCAGCCGACCGGAACCAGCUGCCCGACACAGGUGCAAUACCACGAUGGGCCGAUGUUUCGCCACGUUGGUAUGGGAGUGUGGUUAUAUGGAGCAGCAAAAGGAACGCUACUGGUCCGCUGCUCUAACCAGAGCAGGACGAGUGCUCCUCCUCACCACCCCGCCGGGCAAUAUGAGCUGACCGGUACCGGUAUGUUCCGCUUACAGCCGGGAUGCGAAGCAUCCCUCGGGUCAAUUAGGGUUCCCAGUUACGUCAACGGUAAGGGGCAAUUUAGGAUCAGUCUGCCAGAUGCACCGAUAGUGGAUCUUUUCUCGCUUAACUUUUCCAUGAGUCUCUGGAGUAAUAUCACAUCAAUGUUGACGCCUCCCGUAAACAUCUCGUCCUUCUUGAACCAUCUCACUGAAACCACAGAUAUCGGUAAAGAUGCGAUGAGGCUCAGAACCUUUAACAAAACCAUUCAGCAGUAUGAGGCACUCCAAAAUCAAUUGUCUCCUUAUCAUCCCUACAGAUGGAUAUCAAACCCGCAGAGCCAGAUCACCGGAUUCACCGGGUUACUUACGUUGAACUUGGUGACCGUUAUGCUGUUGUCCGUAGCGAUGUGGAAGCUACAUCGCCGUGUGAAGGACCUGAUGGGCUCACCGACCGAGGCUCCAGAAAGUCACCGCCUAGUGAGGUCUCGACGUCGGCGACGCCGAACCAUGGACGUUACCGUGUAAGAACUCCUUGAUACGACGACGGGAAGUGCUCACUUGCUAAAGGUCUAGCAGACGGUCGGCUAUAUUCUGAGUCGAGGUGAGUACAACGAUCAACCUUGAGCUCGUUGGUGCUCUAAAACUGCAGAGGGUUGGAGUAUCAGCCUUGAGAAGCCUUGAGACGAGAUCCAUGAGGAUCCAUAACGUCAUCACCAAUGAUGAACGUUAGAGUGUGCAGACCAGAUCGCUUCGGUUCAGAACCGUCUCGACUCUUGAGCCCACGACAUAGCCAUGAGGUUUACAUCAACCGGCCCCUCUCGAUGCCCUCAGGUAUUCGCAUUGGCACCGGUGGCUGUCCUGGCAGCUCAACAGCGGUAUCAAGGAUACCCAAUAGGGUCCACACCGAGUCCAGAUCUCUCGGCCGACAGGUUGGCUUCAUCCCCAGCAGUCACUUCGUAGCCCUUUUGCUCUCGGUUUGAUUCCGAGUACCACUCGACGACGGGAGACAGCGCCUCUGUGACAACCGAGGCAACCGAUCACACCCCCUCGACGCAUUCGCCCCCGAAGUAAGUGGCAAUCUUGAGAGCGGUCGGUAGGCACAGCGUGGUCGGUCGGCACAGCGUGGUCGCGCAGCUGAAAAUUUGCUUCACGUCUGACUCCAACGGGUAUCCCAAAAACUUAUCCUCCCUUGACGGUCCUAAAAUCAGCAGAGUGGUCAACAGAAGGUGAAUAUGGUUCCCAGAUGAUUCAGAUUAGCAUCUUUUGUGACAGAGGAUCUAUCCACUAUCGGCAACUAAAUGACUACAAGAUCUUAAGAUUGGCUUUAUUAUAUAAGGUAUAUCAAUCGCGUCGCGUACAAACCGUGAUUAGGAGUAACCCAAAGAUGGAAAGAAUGUAAGGGCAAGGAACAAACACUGGAUAGGACUUUGGCGAAUAGAGCUCUCUUCCGGAUAUCUCCAGGCAUCCUUCGUAGCUAUCCUUACUUCCCAUCCGCGCACGACAUGACUGGACAGACUGGACAACUUGAGACCCGUAGCGGCGCAACGACGAUUUUUGACCCCAAAGGAGGAAGUCCGUGCAUCUUUAUAAAAUAGGGAGGGAUGUGAAAAAAUAGCGCUUCGGUCUAGUUAAACUGUAUGCACUGCUGCCUUGUAAUGUGUGUGUGUGUGUGUGUGUCGACCUCACUUGCCACAUACAACAUUGUGCCACACCGCAGCAGAGAAGCCGACCCUGACCAAAAAACAACGAGAGAAGAACACAAUGACAAUGUGCAACCUGUUUGUGGUGGUGGAUAUUGUGGUGAUGGGUAUGCGUAAAGGAGAUUAGAAGUAGACAAUAGCACCAUAAAAUAGCGCGGUAGUGUGGUGGCGGAUAUGCAGAUUAGAAGCAGACAAACCCUGAUAAAAAACAACGUUGGGACAGACGGGAGAAGGGUAGACCGAGGUCAGACCGAGAUAAACGAGGAAGGCGUGGGUUGACAACAAGCGAUAAUGUAUGCGAGAACGGCUGCUGGAGGCGUAUAAAAGGGCUAACCUCCAAGCCAGCGUCACUCUCGCUCCAGUCCGGCCUACUGUGCAGUGCUCCGACUCGACUGAACGCUCCACCAGCAACCCAACAAUAGCGCAAGACUACGGCCUACGGAUGGAGCCACCAACAAACACUCCCCCGAUGCCAAGGCUCAGCUUUACCCACCCCAAACAACCGAAGAGCUCGGUACAUAAUCGAGCGACCAAUAAGCGCUCUACACUUUGGUGAUUUUGCCAUUUUGGUUUGGCACUGUUUCGACAUUCUGUUUCGAUUACUUUUGGCACUGUUUUGGCAACUUGUUCGGCACUGUUUCGGCCCAUUCCGUUCCGAAUACUUGUUCGGCACUGUCUUGACACUGUUUCGGUCAUUCUGUUUUCGGUAACCUUGUGCUUCGGCAUAUUGUUCGGUUAUGUGUUUUUUAGCACCCUAUUUCGGCCACUUUUAUUUACUACCACGGUAACAUAUACCGGGUAUUCUCAGCCUGAGUCCGCCUUUUUCGGCAACGUUUACUUUUUAGCUUCUAAGGACUCCAGGCAAUUGUUCAAUUAUUGACGUUUACCCUUUUCGGCCUGUUCGAAUAUAUUUUAGCCCACUG